UCUCUCUCUCUCUCUCUCUUACGAUUUAAAAAGUUAAACAAAACCUCUCAACACCAUUGUCUAUCUCUCUCUCUUCUUGUCCAAACAUGGCUGAAUCAACAACUGUAUCAUCAUCACCAUUGAAGCGCCAAAGAGAUGAGCAAGAACAAGAAAACAUCAUAACCCAAGAAGAAACGAAAAGACCAAAGCCUUGUUCAUCUUCUUCCUCGCACAACCAAGUUCAAUGUCUCCUAGACGAUGAAGCCGACAAUGACAUAACUUCCCUAAUCACAACACUUCAGCAAGAAAUCUCAACGGAAGAGCAAAACGCUGCCGUUUUCGAAGAGAACCACCCUUCUCUCUCUUCUUCCUGCUCCUCCUCAUCUUCGUCUUCUUGCACUUCGAAAGAAGAUGAGUACGAAGAAGACAAAGAGAAGGUGAUGAAGCAUCUUCUUGAAGCUUCAGACGACGAACUCGGGAUCCCUAACACUGAAACUGGUGGAGAGAGUAAUUAUGAUGAGAUGAUUAAGAGCAGUGAGACUACUAAUCAAGAUUACGUUAAUGGGUUUAGUUUAUUAGAUGGGUUUGGUGUUGGGCUUUGGGAGCUUGAGGAUGAAGCAGCUAAUUAUUACACGUUGCUACAGUCUGAACUGUUCAUGUAGACAAGGCUAAACUAGGGUAAAACAAGAAAAAGAGGAUGGGUAAAAAAAGGAAAAGUAAAAGACCAAAUUAUGAUGAUGAUGAAGUUAAAAAAAAAAGAUCUUUAAUAGAAAAUUCUUUAUCAUUGUUGGUUGUUUUUGUUAUUUUUUCCAUGUGAAUUGACAAGUGUCCUCUUUUUAUUUGUUUAGAUACUAUAUGAUUUAUAUUGGUUUGAUUAAUUUCUAGUGAGUGGGACUAAUGAUAAUGAUACUAUUUUGUUGUUUUUUUCUUAA